AUGCGCGGUGCUCUCGCCUCGCCACGGACUCAUUCGGAUCUGAGACGUCAGCUGCUGUGAGAAGAAUGAAGCUGAAGUCAGGGGGAGCAGAAGAAGAAGAAGAAGCAGCAGUAGCAUUGACCUGAACGAAGUCGGGUCAGGCCAGGCCACUGCCGCGUUGAGAAUGGGCCCAGCAGUUGCUGCCGCACGGUCGACACCGAUCCGCCGGCGCUGAGUACCGAGAGCAGGCCGCGCGGCUCAGCAAACAAAGAGGAGUCAACAGACCAAAGAGAAGACCCUCCCCUGGAGAGAGCCGGGAGGAGUCGCGCUACUCCUCCCACUGCUCGAGCCCAAACCCGUUUCGCGUUUGAGCCGCUGGUCAGGAGCCCGGGCUCGGCUCUUCCGCAGAAUUCGGGGGAUCAGUGUGCAGUGGUGGGGUAAAGGGAGUGCCUGGGACUGGAGAGCCAGCCAGUGUCGCCGGGGGUAAGGUGCCUGUGGUGGGUGCAGUCAUUAGUUAGCAGUCAGUGAGUGGGGUUUACUAGUUAGUGCCCAGUGUGAGAGGGGUAUCAGUGUGUGUGUGUGUGUGUGGUGGAGGUUGCGAGGUCUCUUCCCGUUUCUAUUAUGUACACGUUUGUGGUGCGGGAUCGGAACAGCUCCAUCUACGCCGAAGUGGGCAAAGUGCUAAUCUCCACGGGACAAUGGCGGAGACUUAAGCGGGACAACCCCAGGUUCAACCUGAUGCUGGGGGAGAGGAACAAGCUGCCUUUCGGCACCCUGGGUCAUGAACCAGGACUUGCACAGCUUGUGAACUAUUAUAGGGGUGCUGACAAACUGUGCCGCAAGGCUUCAUUAGUCAAACUCAUCAAGACGAUCCCAGAAUUGAUGGAAUCUUGCACCUGGUUUCCAGAAUCUUACGUGAUCUAUCCCAUGGGUCUCCACACCACGGUAAUACCUGUGAAGAACGGCAUCAAAGCACAAAGAAAUAAUGUGAGGACAGAUGAUCGGGAAGCAUUCCUGGCAUCCUAUCACAAGAGACAAGAAAAUGGGGAAAAUAACGUGUGGAUAGCCAAAUCUUCUGCAGGUGCCAAAGGUACUGGAAUUUUUAUUUCCUCCGAUGCUAAUGAAUUGAUGGAUUACAUUGAUAAUCAAGGUCAAGUUCACGUGAUUCAAAAAUACCUCGAGAGACCUUUACUAUUAGAACCAGGACAUCGCAAAUUUGACAUAAGAAGUUGGGUACUUCUUGACCACCAGUAUAACAUCUACCUCUACAAGGAAGGUGUAUUACGGACUUCCUCUGAACCAUACAAUAGCACUGACUUUCAAGACAAAACCAGUCACCUGACAAAUCAUUGUAUUCAGAAAGAAUUCUCGAGAAAUUAUGGGAAAUAUGAAGAAGGCAACGAAAUGUUCUUUGAAGAAUUCAAUCAGUAUUUAAUGAACACUCACAAUGUUAAUUUGGAUAACAGUGUUUUACCACAAAUCAAGCAAAUCAUAAGAAGCUGCCUCAUGUGUAUAGAGCCUGCAAUUGGCACUAAGCUGCUCCCAUACCAUAGCUUUCAACUGUUUGGGUUUGACUUUAUGGUUGAUGAAGAUCUUAAAGUCUGGCUAAUUGAAGUGAAUGGAGCUCCAGCCUGUGCUCAGAAACUCUAUGCUGAACUUUGUCAAGGAAUAGUGGAUGUAGCCAUUUCCUCCGUGUUUCCAUUAAGUGACUCACUACAGAAACCGAGCCAACAGUCUGUCUUCAUCAAAUUGGGAAGUUAACAGAGUCUGUUUUCUCCUCCUUUUUCCCACCUCCAUUUCAUUUCACAAUCUGAUAAGUUGUAUGUAUCAGUGUCAACUGAGUGCUGUGAAUCAUGCAUACAAACUCAACACAUAGCCCUCAGAAGUCUAUUAAAAAGCCAUCGCAUCCAUGAUGAAGAAGAAUAAUUAGGAAAGCUGUGAAAUUAUUAGAUAAUGGUCACUUGUUUAAAUCAGCAGCUUAAUAAAUGUACAACUUUGAGAUUCUUGUUGGGAAAUUACAAUCAAAGCAUGACAAUGGGAGUUGCCGUAAACUGGUACAUGCUGCUUCAAAUUGCAGAAAUGCUACAAAAAUGUGCUUUGUUUAUUACAAACAAUUAGCAGGGAUCAUGCAGUAGUUAUCUUGACAUAAUCUGUUAGUAGAUUAUGCGAUUAGAAGUACUGUUUUGGACCCUUAAAAGAUUUUAUUUAAGUACUCAAUAAUACUUCAACUUGAAUGCUAAAGUUUUGGCACUAUACUUAAAAUGUGCAGGCAUCUUUCAUUCUGUGCUGUAUUCUGCUAUCACAUAUAAUGGUGCAUAGAGAUGGAUAUCACUGUGACCUGGUAAGACCCAAACCAACUCCUUAAGCUACAUCUCUUGUGCACGGUAGUGUAUUUACCAAUCGUGAACUCUAAGCAUUUCAGAAACCAUGAACGAAAGUUGUCACGCACUGCUUCCAUUCAGAUUGUCUGUAUACUCAGAGCUCCUCUUUGAAAUGCAGUUGAUAUCAUGAAUGUGACAAAAGCAAAGAAUUCUGCUUAUUGUUUUUAUUAUAUUGCAAACACUCAAUCCUCUGAGAGGAGUUGCGGGGUGAGGGGUAGUGGGAGGGUGGGAAGGAAUGGUAUUUUAAAGAUGUUAAUUUUAUGAAGUGGGAAAGAAUCCUUUCUUCCCUUUUUUGCCUUUAUUUGGUUAACACUUGUGUUGGGAUCACUGCAGAAUGAAAUGCACUGUUAAAAACUUUACUUCAUUCUGUUUGCAGCCUAUAAAAGUCUGCAUACAGCUGAUGAGGAUUAAUAUGACAUAUAUUGAAAAAUGGUAGCAUGCACUAAAUGCAUUUUGUCCUGGUUCACAAAUUAUAUAUGUACAUCACGGAAACUGCCCUCUUCUUGAAAAUUAAUUAAUGUUUUGUUAAUUAAGUUAGGAAAAUAAUUUUGAUAUUUCAUAUGUAUAGUUUUCAUUUUUUCCCCUGCCAAGUUGGCCAUCUAUAUGUCCAGGUUUUUGCGGUUAUUUUAUUGUGUGUACUGCCAAAUGCAUGAUUAUUUUUAUAAGUCAAAUGUUUUGUUCUUCUAGUAUUUAUGGUUCUACUUCCUUUCUAUGAGUAAGAUUCUUCUACUGAGGAUGGAGACAUGUUACAGUCUAAAAUGUUAACUAUUAGGAACAACCUGGUUGUUACUCCAGGGUAUUUGUGGAAUGCUGUUCCAAUUAAGAUCUUUCCCCCAGAAUAUUCUCUACAGUUUCUCUACAGAGUGCACCGUAAAGUGUUAUCCUAUGUCACACUCAACACAGGCAGAUUAUUGCGAUGACAUGUUGCUAUUAGUGCAUGUUUCUCGGUAUCUAACUUCAAAACAAUAUCAUGAGAAAUAAACAGAAUUACCAAUCA